ACUCUUCUAGUUUGGGACGUGGUAUGUGAUAACACUACAGCGAUAGAGCGAAAGCAACAUGAAGGUGACAAUCCUGCUCAUCUGCUCCUGCCUGGUCUGGGGAGGCCUGGGGAAGCCACAGUUUCCUGACCAAGAGAAAGAUUCCCUGUUCUGGAACACAUGGGCCCAGCGUACUUUGAAGAAUGCCCUCACACUUCAGAAGCUCAAUCAAAACACUGCAAAGAACCUCAUCCUCUUCCUUGGUGAUGGAAUGGGCAUUCCCACAGUGACGGCAGCACGAAUACUGAAGGGGCAGCUGAGCAGACAGAGUGGGGAAGAGACCCAGCUGGAGAUGGACAAGUUCCCCUUUGUUGCGCUUUCCAAGACAUAUAACACCAAUGCCCAGGUGKCAGACAGUGCGGGUACGGCCACAGCAUWCCUCUGUGGGGUGAAGGCCAACGAGGGCACGGUGGGUGUGAGUGCAGCUGCCGUCCGUUCCCAGUGCAACACCACACAGGGCAACGAGGUCACCUCCAUCCUCAGAUGGGCCAAGGAAGCCGGCAAGUCAGUGGGAAUAGUCACGACAACGCGUGUGAACCAUGCCACCCCCAGUGCGGCCUAUGCCCACUGUGUGGACAGGGACUGGUACUCCGAUGGAGAGAUGCCCGCUGAGGCAGUGCGGGCGGGCUGCAAGGAUAUCGCCAUGCAGCUCUUUGAGAACAUUCCCAACAUCGAUGUGAUUAUGGGAGGAGGGAGGAAGUACAUGUUCCCCAAAAACCAGUCAGAUGUGGAGUAUCCUGGAGAGAAGAAACACUUCGGUACGCGCAUUGAUAGAAGGAACUUGGUGGAGGAGUGGAAUAACAGAAUGAAAAACAAGAACGCCCACUAUGUAUGGAACAAGAAGGAACUUUUAUCGCUAAACCCUAAUAGUGUGGAUUACAUUUUGGGUCUGUUUGAGCCUGGAGAUCUUCCCUAUGACCUGGAGAGAAACAAUGAGACAGAUCCUUCCCUGACAGAGAUGGUGGAGGUGGCCAUCAAGAUCCUGAAGAAAAACCCCAGCGGAUUCUACCUGCUGGUGGAGGGGGGGCGCAUCGACCACGGACAUCACGASGGUAAAGCCAAGCAGGCCCUGCAUGAGGCAGUGGAGAUGGACCGGGCCAUUGGCCACGCCGGCCUCGUGACCAGCAUAAAUGACACAUUGACUGUCGUCACUGCUGACCAUUCUCACAUGUUCAACUUUGGAGGCUACACUCCAAGGGGGAACACAAUUUUUGGACUGGCUCCCAUGUUGAGUGAUGUGGACCAGAAGCCCUUCACUGCCAUCUUAUAUGGGAACGGACCAGGGUUCAAAGUAGUCAAUGGUCUGAGAGAGAACAUCUCCACCCUUGACUAUGAGGAAAAUAACUACAAGGCCCAGUCUGCAGUGCCGCUGAGUAUGGAGACUCAUGGAGGAGAGGAUGUGGCUGUGUUUGCUAAGGGCCCUAUGGCUCACCUGCUGCACGGUGUCCACGAGCAGAACUACAUUCCCCAUGUCAUGGCUUAUGCUGCCUGCAUUGGCCAGAACAGAGACCACUGCAUGUCAUCCAGUAGAGCCUCUAGUCUCAGCGCUGCUCUGCCCAGCCUGACAGCUCUCCUCACACUCAUCCGCCUCCUCUGCUGACCUUUCACCCCAACCCCCCUCCUGCACUACCUCAACCCUCCUCUUAGUAUACAUGUAAUACUCCCACAUAUUUUUUCCCCGUUGCGAUGCGGAUUUUCUUCUUACCAUUUUUUAAAAUAUUUUUUCAUUCUGUAAUGACCACUGCAAGGGCAUUUAAAGUUAGUGUUUUGAGGGUUGGUGUUUUUCAGUCAGAUGUAGUGUUAGGGAAAAUAAGAGGAUAUCACKUUAUUUCUACUUUAACAUAUAGGAUAAAUUGUGUUAUUUUACUUUGGUAUUGAUCACUAUUCAGGUAACACCAAAACUAUGUGAAGAAUUCUGUCAUAUCAGUUGGUUUAAGAGAAGGGUAUAUCUCUGAAUUUAUAUCAAUCAUUGUAUGGGGUAAAUAACCUCCCUGUAUUAAUGACAAAGCAAUGUUGCUGCCCACCUAUAUAUUUGUUGUCUGUCAAUUCCAUGACUAUGGAUUAGUCAACUUUUCAAAGAAGCCAGUUCCUUUUGAAAAUUAGAAACCUAAUAUAGGGGAGAGCGAGGUAUGUUGUCACACUUUUCACACUGUCUAACAUUUACUGAGCACAUCACAUCACAAUGGUAUAAAUGUCAUACCAAAUGAAAGAAGGAAGUCUUUGGCACAGUUGUUGUAUUCAUUACAUCUUCAUGUCUUAUAUCAUGACGGAGUUGUAGACCGUUAAAUAGAGAGUGGGCACAUGUGAUAAUUUACUCCAUCAGCGGGUAAAUUGUCACACUUCGUCGGGUAAUUUGUCACAUUGGAUUAUCAACAAAUAAGAACACAACUAAUUAAUUGUGAAUAUUGAUUUUAUUUUCAAAUUCAAAACCAAAUUCAAUUUCAUUAAAGAACUCA